AUGAGUGAUAAUUCACAAUCGCAAAAUGAAGAAGAUGAAGAAAGUUACUAUCAUAUUUUUUAUGAAAACAACUUAGUGAAUGAUAUUAAUUAUUUUGAAGAUUCAUUGCCACAUAUUAAUUUUUAUUUAAAAUUUCAAAAUAAACGAUUUUUAGAAUCAUUUUUUGAUGAUAUAAAAAACAAAAAUGAAAUAUCCACACCUAAUAUAGAAGUAACUGAUAACGAAGUACAAUUGUGUGAAUUUCAAAAAGAGGAAAACGAACUAAAAGAAAUUAGAAAAAAUAAAAACAGUGAUAUAUUAAAAGAUGGUGGUUUUUAUAUUAAUAACGAUUCGGAAAUAGAAUGUUAUUUUGAAAACAUUAAAAAAAAUUAUAAUGACACAACAAAUCCAAUUACUAACAUUAGUGAAGAAAAACAUAUUACCAAUUAUUCAUUUUUAGAAAGAAAUCACGAAUUCACAAAACAAGCGAAUAUUAUUUUUCAAAAAAAUAAAGAAAAAUUUAUAUUUAGCAUUGAAAGAGGUAAUAUUAAUUGUAUUUGUAACAAAGGAAAUGAAUGCUCAGAUUGCCGAUCUAUUUGUGAUGAUAAUAGUGAAAUAAUCCUUAAAGAAAUAUGUUUUUUGUGUAAUAAAAAAAAAAAAGUAAAUAAAACUUUGUGUAGUAUUAAAAUUUAUGUAUGUUAUGAUUGUAAAUCUACGGAUAGUAACUUUCGAAUGAUAUCUUUAACUAAAUUAAUAAAUAAAUAUUCUAUAAAUAAUAAUGAUUUAAUAAAACAUGAAAAGGAAUUAGCACUUUUGUCAACAAAAAAUCCACGAGGUUAUUCAAAGAAUAUGAAAUUGUAUUUUUUAUUUCAAAUAAAAGAAAUAGCUAUUAGAAAAUAUGGAUCAUUACAAAAAGUAAAAUGUUUAUAUAACUCAAAAAUUUUAAACAUAAAAAAUGUUACUACUAAUAAUAACAAUAAUAAAGAAAAUUGUCUAAAACCAGGAAAAGAAAAAAAAAAAAAAAUUCUACAUAAAUAUAAAAAAGCAAAAACAAUUUAUAGUAAUGAUUAUAUUAAAAAUAUGGAAAAAAAUAAAAUGAUUUGUGAAGAUAAUAAACAUGAAUUUGAUAAUCCAAUUUGUAUAAAUAAUGAUGAUAAUAUAUAUAUUAAAAAAUGUAUAAAAUGUCAGUAUGAACUUGAGUUUAUCGAUUUUUGA